AUGGCAGAGGUCAUCAACGACGAUCGCGCAGUCGGACGUGCUCGAGCUAUUACGGAAAAUUUUCUGAAACAGCAGUUCCCCCUGCUCCCCACCGAGUCGCUGCGGCAAGCGGCCAGGAAAUGCGGCGAGAUCAUUGACAAGGAUGUUCAGUCCGAGUAAGUGACAUUGAGGCCUAUAACGCGUUUAAGCUAAUGACAUGUGUGAUACUCUAGGGAGGACGCCCGAGGCAAGACUACUCUCCUCAGCAUCCCUAUUGAGCUUCGCAACCGGAUCUUUGCACUUUCCCUCCGAGCCAGCGAGACACAAUCCACGGAUCAAGAAAGCGUGGAGGACGACCUAUAUUAUCGGAACUGCGGGGAGCGCACGGUGGUACUGUAUGUCGCCGGAUCGUUCAAAAUACGGUACUACGAGAACUUCUCGCCGCUGGAUCAGGCACCAUACAUGACGGAGCCACCACUCACUCAAGUCUGUAAAGAACUUCGCAGUGAGAGCUUGGCGGUGUGGUACGCCAUAAACAAGUUCACGUUGUUUUGCAAAGCUGUGCCGGGUCGCGACUUAUGGUACCAUCCGGUCAUGAAGCAGACCCACAUUUGGCUACUGACUAUCGGACGCGAGAAGGCCGAGAAGAUCAGAGACCUCGUCUUCUUCUUUCCAAAAAUGCGCAAUGCCGACAACUGGUAUUCGACCGAAGAGGUCCGCAGAGUGAUCGGUGCAGAUGCAUUGGGCCUGGCGAAGACUGCUGUUAAGGUCGUCAAUGGCAAGAUUUACAAUCAGAUGGUCAAAGAAGGAAAGCAGCUUGAGGAUAUGGCUCUGAGAUAG